UCUCAUUCCUGCAUACCAAACACUACCUUUUGUGUUUAGCAGGAUAUGGUUUGCUAUUUAGAUGGAGUAGCGUGCAGCUUGUUGUCCGGCUCGUCUAUGUUUUAAUGAAAAUGCAUUAAAGAAGAGACGACAACCAAAGAAGAGAAUACCGAUUUCAAUUUGAGCAGGCAUAUCACUCAGUAAUCAGAUCUCCGGCCAACGCAAGUUCAACUUCACCGCUGUAGUUUUUACUAAUCUUCGUCACUAAAUUGUAAUCGGUAACAAUCAAAACAAGACAUGGAAGACGUGCUAACCGAAUUACCACCUCCUUCACGGUUCUUCUUAGAAGACCUCAAUAACUUCACUCCACCCGCACCACCCCUACCAUCUCCCUUCACAUCACUCUCCCAUCCAAAUUCCAAAACCGCCCUUCGACCCUCUCUCCUCAUAAUCGCUAUCUCCACUCCAUCUCUCUACUUACUCCACCACAUAUCCCCCAAAACGUUAAUCGGAACCCUUGUCCUACCCGAAAUACCAUCCUCCGGAAACUCCGUUGACCCCUCUCUUAAAGACAAAUCAUGCAACUUGUACACCAUCAACCACGGUAACAAAUCCGUGAUUCUUGCCAACUUCCAGUACGCGGUUUCUUCAGAGCGAGCACACGCCAUUGCUAAAACGCUCAUUGGCGAACAUAUUAUUCCCGAGCGGGUUUUGAUCCUGGAUUCUGUUCAAAGCCGUAACUUCCGUGGUAGGAUUUCAACUGAUGAUACGUUUGCGAUGAAGCUGGAAACCUCAGUGGAAAGAAACGGAGUCCCGCUUUUGAAAAACGUCAAGUAUUUCCCGUCAGGAAGUGUUGUAGAAGGGCUGGGUGCUGCUCUGCUGGGUCGUUGCCAGAUGAAGAACAUAAAGGCGACUCUCUGUGUAUCGUGGCCUGAAUCCGGUGGGUCGGUUAUGUCAGUGGUUAAAGGUUUGUUGCUUAAGGAUGUGUUGUGUGGCGUGGAAGUUAGGAUUGAUGCUAAUGGUGAAGAUGAAGGUUUGAGGUUUGGUCAUACAAAUCAUUAUCUGGAUUCUGAAUUAUAUACAUGACUCAUGAGUUCAAGUUUUUGAUACUUUUUCAUAUUGUAGAAACCGAGCAGACAAGAUUAUGUUUCCGUUUUGUAAUAUCUGUACUAUCUAAAGGAGUUGGUACUUUUUGUGAUCUCUUAGUGUUGAUCAGUUUAUUGAAAAAUCCGAUUAUUGA